AUGCAUUUCUCUGACCUUGCCAUCCUCUCCUCCAUUCUGGCUCUGCCAGUCCUAGGUGUGCCACACCCUCAGGCUCAAUCCCACCUGCCCGACGGCUUGCCGUCCCCCGAUACAACUCAGGUCGCGCACAUCGAACAAGUCGCCCAGGGGACUCUGCCCAAUAGCCCGGCUCCAACAGCGAUCAGCAAUGAAGGGAUCGUCAACCUGAAGUUGAUCGCUUUUAAUGAGUUGUUCGAGGUGGCUUUCUUCAGCGAGCUCGUCAACAAUGUGACCAACAACGUCGACGGCUAUACCUUCAAGAGGGACGAAGACCGGAGUAGCAUGCUGGAGGCGCUGAAGGCUAUCGUCGCGCAAGAGGAACUCCACGCUCUACGCGCCAACGACGCCCUCAAACACUUCAAGGCUACCCAAGUCCAGCCGUGCAAAUACAAAUUCCCCGUUCAAAACCUCGAAUCCGCCAUCAAGCUCGCCGCAACCUUCACCGACGUGGUGCUGGGUACCCUGCAAGAUGUCGUCGAGCGCUUCGCGCGCGGACACGACUUUGACCUGGCGCGAGAAAUUGCCUCUGUCAUCGGCCAGGAAGGUGAACAGCAGGGCUGGUUCCGUGCCUUGUUGGGCAAGAUCCCCAGUGAACUUCCCUUCCUGACGACCAGUAAUCUCAAUUUCGCCUUCAACGCGAUCCAGGACUUUGUUGUGCCGGGGACUUGUCCUGAUCUGAACGAGAUCCCCUUACAUACAUUUGAGCCAUUGAAGAUUCUUGACAUGCCGGGCCCCCGAAGUCAGAAUAUCAGCAUCGAGUUUAGGGACCCGGAUGAUGAAGCUCGGAACCCGCUCUGGGUGACUUAUAUCAAUCAGCAGAAUGUCCCUGUUGUGCAGCCGUUGUGGGUCGUGAGUAAGAAGGAUAAGAUCGUGGAGGCCAAGGUUUUGUUUCCGUUUGAAGAGCACGACUUGAAGGGGCUGACUAUCGCCUCGGUGACAAAGUCUGCUGGUCCGUUUGGAGAUGCGAGCCAGGUGGCGAAUCAUACGCUGGCUGGACCUGGUCUCAUUACUGUUGAUUGA